AUGGAUUGCUGUAGUCCAAGUGAGUCCAAGGUUCCAACUCCAUCCGAACCAACCCUUACAGAGAUGCUUCCUCAACGUCAACCACGCUUUUGCCCUGGCUGCAGCAUUUCACACGAAGAAAAAGGGCGGCUUCUUCGCCCGGCGCGGGGGAGAUUUUCAACGUCGCCCGCGCCGAUGGACGUGCCGUGGCAAGGGCACGUGGCCUGGGUGGCGGAGCAUUUUGUGGCGCUGGGGCGGCUUCAGGUGAUCUACCUGCUCGAGAGGCUGCCGCUGAUGGCUGAUGGCCACGGCAACAUGACGCUGCAGCAGGCCACGAUGGCGGUGCUGGUUCUGGGCGGCGGAGCAUUGCUGUGGCUCUCCCUGCGGGCUGCCUGGAUCUUCACGGAGGCCUUGGCCUUUCUGCUGGCCAGCGCGGUCAUCUUGGUGCUCCAGCUGCUGCAGAUGGCGCUGCCCUACCUGCUGGUACUGGCGCUGGUGCUCUACCUGAGCCGAUUGCUGCAUAGCCCCUCGCUGCAGAAGGAGUGGCUCGACUUCCUUUGGUCGAGGCAACUCACGGCGGCGUCAGUCGACUGCCCCAUUUGUGCGGAGAGUUUGGAGGACAACGCCUGGCAAAUGGCAAGUCUUCCCUGCUGUGCCCGGAAGCUGUGCUGGUCUUGCCUCCGCCGCCAUGCGGAAAGCGUCAUCGAUGACGCCCGGCCAGAGAUGAACUGUCCCCUCCUCUGCAAGGCGCCGGUGCCGGACGUCAUGGUGCUCUGCGCCUUCCGGCGGCAUCAGUGGUCCUGGCAGGGCCUGGACCUGCUGGGCGGCCGCGGGCGCAGGAAGCUGCGCGCCUACGAGCGCUGGAGCUUGACCAGUGGUCUGGCGGCCAGCUGCGCGGCACGCAUGGAGGACGUGGUGCACUGCCCGGGCAGCGACUGCAGCCAUAUGUGGCUUCUGCCCAGAGACUUGCGCCGUGCCAAGGCCUCGCAGGAGCCGGGCAGCCGUUGGGACCCCCGCAGCUGGCCCUUGGCUCGGCACAUGGGCUUCUACACUGCGCCGCUGGUGGGGGCCAGGGGACAGGAUAGCCGCUGCGUGCACUGCCCGCGGUGCCAGCUGGAGUACUGCCUCCUGUGCAGCCAGCUAUGGGAGCAGCUGGGAUCCUGCCACAAAGGGAAGAGCUGCCUGGAAUUCGAUGCUGCGCUGCCCCAGACGCAGCGAUGCAAAGAGCGGCGCUGGGCAGGAGCAAAGCCCUGCCCGGGCUGCGGGGUGCGGACGCUCCGGUCCAUGGGCUGCAACCACAUGACCUGCACCCAGUGCGCCAUGCACUGGUGCUGGGUGUGUGCCCGUCCAUGGCAGCCCUGGCACUACGGGUGCACACAGACUCAGCCCACGGGCGACUGCGCCCUGAUGUGA